AUGAUGGCAGGCAACCAAUAUGGCCAACAAUGGCACCAAAAUCCGACCCCCUCGUACCAGUAUGACAGUGGAAAUAAUCAGAGGCAAUGGCAAGAGAAUGGGAGGGGCCAGGGUCCCUACAACCAGGACAAUCAACGUUACAAUGACCAUCCAAAGGGUCGCAAUGGCUAUGGUACAGGCCCGGCGCCGGUGCCGGCGAGUUACGAUCGAAACGCGCAGUGGGAAGGUCAAAAUCAAUACCCUCAGCAAGGUGGCCAUGAAGCACAAUAUUAUGAGAAUGGCGAGGGCUACUCGCGGCCACCCCGGCAAGGCCAGUACGACCAAGGUCUCCCUGGUGGUCGGCAAUAUCAAUAUGACGAGCGCUACCGAAACCACGGACCAGGCAGACCUCCACAGCCCGAUCAUGCCUAUUCCGAUCCACAGAGGCCACCGAGGAACCAGUGGUCGGAGCCUUCCACACCUCAAAAGAGAUCGAGGAACCGCAAUCGCAUCUUGACCGAACCGACGUCCCCUAAGAAUCUGGCUUGGGACAACCCCUUUGGCGCAUUCCCGCCGAAGAAGAGGCCAGGAGACAAGAUGAGGCACGAGAGACACGCCAGUUUGGACCACGCCAUGGCGAGUCUGGACAUGAAUGAAUACCGUCCGAAUGGCAGCUAUGACACCCGACCUCAGACCUCCAACAGCCAGAGGAAAGAAGCCCCUCGUCCCAGUACUUCUCAUGACCGUCCAGAUCGUCACGCCGACUUUGGACAGCCGCCACUUCCAACGCAAGGCUAUCCCAUGCCGCCGAGUCGAACCUCGCCGGAGAUGAGUUAUCAGCAACCACCAGUGCCCCGACCUCAAGGUGGAAUCAACAGCCCGAGGAUGCGGCCGGCAGGACCCCCGCGAGGCCCUCCACCGCCGAUGAACAGGAAUGGCCCUCGUCCUGGCCUUCAGGGUGGAAUGGAGGAUCGCACAAACCAUAAUGCUCCGGGUAAUCUUCCACCGCCAGAUCGCCGGGGUAACAAUUAUAUCUACGACGAGGGUUAUGCCUCAGACUUCAUUCCACAGUCAAGAGCGCAUAUCUCACCAAUAGACCGUGCUCCCCAAGGAUAUGGGUCCCGACCAGCGCCUCAAGAGGAAUAUUAUCCCGAUUCCUACCAAGGGUUUGCUCCUAACGACCACGGGACAGUCCGUCAAUUGAGAAAUAGUGAAAUCCCCGAUUUCGAUGCUAUUCCCACCGAUACGAAUGAUAAGACCGAGGACCACAUGAUUGCCAACCAACAGUCCGGUUUUCAUCGCAACAUUUAUCAGAAACCGACUUACCAAGUACCGGGCGGGUUUCCAGGACAGAUUGACACCAAACAGUCUAUUCCUCCUCCUCCUCCUCCGAAUCAGACCACUUCUCCGUUGGCCGAGUUCUCGUUUGACUUACCUACCUCCUCUAAAGCUGUGGCGACUGGUAGAAAUGAUGGGCCUGUACAAGGCUCAUCCUACCGUGGGGUUUACAAUGGACAGGAGACUUUUGGCGCGGGAGGACCUCCAAGGGGAGCAUACGGGGGCAUCCAGCCUCAGGAUGCACCUGGCUCACAGUAUCCCCCGCCUCGCGCGGCCAGUCGGAACGGGAUGAAGGCGCCGCCCGUGGAAACCGACGCCUCGAGACCUCCGCUGCCCAACAAUGGCCAACCCUAUCGAUCAUUUAGUCAGGAUCAGUAUCCUAUGCGACCACAUACGAGCAAUGCGCAGCGGCCGCCGCAGCAAAGCUACGAGAUGAUGAACCCAUACGACCAGGACUACGCAUCAAAGGGCCGAGCUCCGUCGGCACCCACUGUACCACCAGUCUCAGCGCCGUCCGAUCAAAUAUAUGGCUACCCAGGACCGGGUCAACAGCACCAACAGCCGUAUGGAGGACAGGGUCCACCAUUGCGCAAGGCAUCCCUGGACAACUACAAUGUCGGCCCUCCCAGGCCCAACACCUCCAACUCGGCACACCCUGUACCCGUCAGGCAUUAUCCAACUCCAAAUGCAGAGUCCAACCCUGAUGCAUUGCCAGCACACCCUACCCCUGUCCGGGCCGGGCUGAAAGACAACAACGGGUAUCCGUCGAGUCAAACGCCACCAGCUCCGCCGAAGCAACGGCGAGAAGUCUCCGGGUCGCCAUCGCCUGUUACUCUUCAAGAGCUGAAUGGACUCCGCGAGAUAUACAGCAGGAACCCAGGCGACCACGCUCUCGGCCUGAAGCUGGCGAAGAAGAUGGUCGAGGCAGCCAGGGUGCUGUCAGACGAGAACGGGACUGCAGACGCGAAGACCACACAAAAGAAUCGUGAAAAGUACAUAUUUGAUGCGCACAAACUGAUUAAGAAAUUGGUGGGAGCCAACUACCCCGAUGCGAUGUUUUAUCUGGCCGAUUGUUACGGACAAGGAAUGCUGGGACUUGCCGUGGACCCAAAAGAGGCCUUUUCUCUCUACCAGUCGGCCGCGAAGCUCAAUCAUCCUCAGAGUGCAUAUCGAGUAGCCGUGUGCUGUGAGUUGGGGACCGAGGAAGGUGGCGGCACGCGACGCGACCCCCUGAAGGCAUUGCAAUGGUACAAACGAGCGGCGACGUUGGGAGACACCCCCGCCAUGUACAAGAUGGGGAUGAUAUUGUUGAAGGGAUUGCUGGGCCAACAGAAGAAUCCCCGUGAAGCCGUGUCAUGGUUGAAGAGAGCGGCCGAACGAGCGGACAAGGACAACCCCCACGCGUUGCACGAACUGGGUCUCCUUUAUGAGUCGGCGUCUUCCACGGACCAUAUCGUGCGCGACGAGAAAUAUGCACUUCAGCUGUUCCAGCAAGCUGCGGAACUGGGGUACAAAUACUCACAGUUCCGACUUGGAUCGGCGUACGAGUAUGGACUGCUCGGAUGUCCGAUCGAUGCUCGCCAGAGUAUCGCCUGGUAUACUCGAGCGGCGGCCCAAGGAGAGCACCAGUCGGAACUGGCGCUGAGUGGUUGGUACCUGACAGGAUCGGAGCCACUGCUCAUGCAGAGUGACACAGAGGCAUUCCUGUGGGCACGAAAAGCGGCCAGUUCGGGGUUGGCGAAGGCAGAGUACGCGAUGGGCUACUUCAACGAGGUUGGUAUCGGCACACCCGUGGACAUUGAAGAGGCGAAACGUUGGUAUUACCGGGCAGCAGCACAAAACUUUACCAAGGCACGAGAACGGCUCGAGGAGCUGAAGAGGGGGGGUCCCAAGCAGCAAAAGACACGGGUGUCACGAUCGAAUGUUAAUAGGCAGAACGAGGGGGACUGUGUGGUUAUGUGA